UCCUGUAGUGGGAGGGAGGGGGGGGGUGGUGCUGAAUGAACAGCUCCCCAGCUCAUAAAGUCAUCAGAGAGCUCCGCUGCUCCGUCCGAGCAGCACAGCCAUGAACCAGCCGAGCUCGCCGUCCUCCAGACCAGCGCCGACCCUCCGCCUGUCCCCCUGACGCACGCCGCGCGCCACCAUGAAGAGGCAGAACGUGCGCACCCUCGUCCUCAUCCUCUGCACCUUCACCUACCUGAUCGUCGGCGCCGCGAUCUUCGACGCGCUGGAGUCGCGGAAGGAGACGAGGCAGCGCAAGGAGCUGGACCUGCGCAAGGCGGAGCUGCUCCGGACCUUCAACCUGUCCAGGGAGGACUUUGACGAGCUGGAGAAGGUGGUGCUGCAGCUGAAGCCGCACAAAGCCGGCGUGCAGUGGAAAUUCGCCGGCUCCUUCUACUUCGCCAUCUCUGUGAUCACGACCAUAGGUUACGGCCACGCGGCCCCCAGCACCGAUGUGGGGAAGGUGUUCUGCAUGCUCUACGCCCUCCUGGGCAUCCCGCUCACGCUGGUCAUGUUCCAGAGCGUCGGCGAGCGGAUCAACACCUUCGUGAGGUUCCUGCUCCACCGCCUGAAGAAGUGCCUUGGGAUGAGGUGCACCAAGGUCUCCAUGGCCAACAUGGUGAUCAUCGGCAUCAUAUCCUGCAUGAGCACGCUGUGCGCGGGGGCCCUGGCUUUCUCCCACUUCGAAGGGUGGAGCUUCUUCCACGCUUUCUACUACUGCUUCAUCACGCUCACCACCAUCGGCUUCGGGGACUACGUGGCGCUGCAGAACGAGCACGCCCUGCAGACCAAGCCGGAGUACGUGGCCUUCUGCUUCAUUUACAUCCUCACGGGCCUGGCUGUAAUCGGCGCCUUCCUCAACCUGGCCGUGCUGCGCUUCAUGACCAUGAACACUGAGGACGAGAAGAGGGACGCCGAGCAGAGGGCGCUGCUGGCCCACAACGGCCAGGCCGGCGGGCACCUCCACCGCUCCGCGGACCCGGCCUCCUCGGCCUCCACGCCCUCGGCCUGCGGCGGGGGGGGCGCGGCGGGGGGCGGCGGGGGCGGGGCGGCGAGCCGAGGCCUGAGGAACGUCUACGCCGAGGUGCUCCACUUCCAGUCCAUGUGCUCCUGCCUGUGGUACAAGAGCAGGGAGAAGCUGCAGUACUCCAUCCCUAUGAUCAUCCCGCACGACCUCUCCAACUCGGACACUUACAUGGAGCAGGGCGAGGCCUUCUCCGACCCCGCGCACGCCAACGGCUGCGUGUGCGGCCUCCAGCCGCACUCGGGCAUCAGCUCGGUGUCCACCGGCUUGCACAGCAUCAACACCUACAGGAGGCUCGAUAAGCGUAGAAGCUCCAUCUAGAGGAUGGACUUCAUGCCGUGAACUCAGAAACAGGGACUUUAAUCUAUUAAAGUCAGUUGCUGUGACUGAAUAUCAUCUAAUAUAAAAAGAGGUCAGUACAGUUUGAGACCUGUCUUUAAUUAGAAGUGAGCGUCUGUAUAGACAGUGAUGCUCCGCUCAUCAUAACCUUAGAGCUGCUUCCGUCCAGCAGAGGCUUCUUCUGUUAAUCCACUUUUAAUGUGUACUGUAUAUAACCGGACACUCCACUUGUAGAUGUGACUGAGGUCAGACCAUUUUUUCAGAAUCAACCUCGGAGUCUGACGUUCAGGUUCAAGAAAAACUUUCUGACGUGCUUUACGUAUGUUGGUUGAAAGAUGUUCCUGGAUGAGCGGGGACGACUGGAGACUGGGUCCGUCCACCCACUUGGUUCUUUUCUGUGUCAUAUAGCAGCACUAUAUUCAGAUUUGUUAACUUAAAGCAUGUCAACUCACGUGUACAUAGAGUAACGUCAUAUCUUAUUCACUGCUGCACCUUAGACUCUUGUAUCCGUUAGGACAGUGGAGCGAGUCCACUCAUUUAUGUUCUAUGUCGAACCUCUAGUUCUGACGCGUGUACUUACUGUAUCGUAGGUGAUCCAGAGUAAUAUCGGUACACCUCUCAUACUCUCGGUGAGUAUGCACCUCAUGCACUUACGGGCAUCUUUUGCUCCAACCCCCAAAACACACACUUGAUUCAGCCAACGGAGGUCUUUAUGCAGUGUCUCAUCCUAUUUUGUAGUUUUACUUUACUAUGUCUCAGUACAGUAUGUUAUAAAUGCAGGAUGUCUGUCGUCAAUGUUCAUCUCGCAAUAACCAGUAGAAGGACUGCGUUUGACUAAUGAGAGUCACUAAGUAUGUUUUUUCAUUACCAUAAUAAAAUAUUAUUUAAUUUAAGGUA